AUGACGGACCAAUCACUGCCGCCAAAGCUCAAGGAGAGCCUGGCCAAUUCUCUCUGUGAAUUUCGGCAGCUUGGAAAGAGUGGCCUUCGCAUUUCCGUCCCGAUCUUUGGAUGCAUGAGCUUUGGCGAUCCGAGAACUUUGCCGUGGGCCAUCGGCGAAGACGAGGCUCUCCCUCUUCUGAAAGCUGCCUACGACAAGGGCCUCACAACUUGGGACACGGCCAACGUUUACUCGAACGGUGUCAGCGAGGAGAUCAUCGGCAAGGCCAUCAAGAAGUAUGAGCUCCCGCGUCACAAGCUAGUCAUCAUGACCAAGUGCUACGGUGCCGUCUCGGAGGACCCAGAGGGCCGCUACGUCGUACAGAGAGACUCCUUCCAGCUCUCCAAGGACUAUCAAAACCACUUUGGCCUGGGCCGUCUAGCCAUCUUCAACCAGGUCGAGGCAUCCCUCAAGCGCCUGGACACGCCGUACAUCGACCUGCUGCAGAUCCAUCGCUUCGACGACACAAUCCCCAUCGAGGAGACCAUGGAGGCGCUGCACGACCUUGUAAGAUCCGGCAAGGUCCGCUACAUCGGCGCGUCGAGCAUGUGGGCCUUCCAGUUCGCCCAGAUGCAGUUCACUGCCGAGAAGAACGGCUGGACCAAGUUCAUCUCCAUGCAGAACCACUACAACCUCCUCUACCGCGAGGAAGAGCGUGAGAUGAACCGCUUCUGUAACGCCACGGGGGUCGGGCUGAUCCCCUGGGCGCCUCUGUGCCGUGGCCACCUCGCCCGCCCGCCGUCUGAGUUUGGCAGCACGCCCCGGUCCGAGGGCGAAAAGCAGAGCAGCCCGGGCAGCCACGGCACGGUGGAGCCCGACCUGACCAUCAUCAAGAGGGUCAUCGAGAUCGCUGACAAGAAGGGGUGGCCCAUGGCUCAUGUGGCUCUGGCGUGGAUCAACAAACGAGUUGCCAGUCCCAUCAUUGGGUUCAGCAAGGUGGAGAGGAUUGACCAGGCUGUGUCGGCGCGGGGCAAGGUCCUGACUGAGGAAGAGGAGAAGUACCUGGAGGAGCUGUACGAGCCGAAAAAGAUUCAAGGACACACGUGAAAAGUUUUACGGACGAAAAUAUACGAAAUGCAGGGUUCUGGUCAGCAUGUGUUAAUCACUGGGUUCAUCGGUUCACCGUUUCCAUUUUAAAACUUUCGAGUAAAAUAUUCAAGUGUUGAUGUUCAUACACAUACCAUGAAAAUCAGCAUCGUAAGAGACAGAAGAAAUGAGUUCUCAGACUCAC